UGUCCACAGUGCUGGGCUUCUCUUUCUCUCUCUAUCUACCCUUGGCCUUCCUUAAGUGCCACCAAAAGCUAAGAGAAGAAGCCAACCUCAAAUCCUUUUCUUCUUCUUCUUCUUCUCUCUUCUCCUGCAACCAUGGGCUCCUUGUUCGAGAAUGUCCAGAAGAAAAGGUUCUUCCCCACCAUGCCUUACAAGGACGAGCUCCCCACCUUCCAAGUGCAGCAGCAGCAGCAGGACACCCACCUGAUAGGCCUGAGGAAGCGGAUCUCGUCUUUCUCCGUCAAGAUCCAGCCCUUGUCCUCGGUCUCCACCGAAUGGGCCAUCAGGCGGUGCAAGUCCAUGCCGUCCAUCGGGGAGUUCGCCGGUGGGCCUCUGAGGAGGUGGUGGGGCUCGUGGUGGGGGUGGAUCCUGUCGAGGAAGCCGGUGUUCGCUCAGGACAUCGAGAUGAACGAGGAGGAGACGGCCAUGCUCGGGUGGCACAGCAAGGGGAGCUGGCGGCACAUCUUCCACAGGGUGCGUUCGGAGAUCAGGAAGCUCAUGCGAUCCAACUCCCUCCCUACCACACAGGGAUUUAGGUAUGACUCGGUCGGCUACGCACAAAACUUCGAUGAUGGGAAGCCAGAAGAGCUAUCAUGAUUACUUACAUCCACAAGUAUAUAUCUAUAUAUGUGAUGAUGAUGAUAAGAAAGAGACUACUGUUUGAAGAUAUGUAGUGCUUCGUUAUUAUUAUCAUGCUGUUAUUCUUUAGUUUUAAUUUCUUGGAGGGAGAGGGAGAGGAUUAAACGAGGUUGUAAGCUGUGCGCUUGUGCUGUAAGAAGCGUUCGCUUUGACAAGGAGAAACCCUCGGAAAUCUUCUGCUAGCCAUGGUGGGAAUGUGAUCUGUACUGCUUCACUCUUACUCUUUCUUUUCUGUAGUUAUAAUUCAAGCAAAUAAGAUUUGAAGCUGUACUUCGUGGUCUAUGUUGAAGAAAGAGCUGCUUUGCUUUGCUGC